GUACGAACACGGUUAUAGCGAAUUCACGGUUAUAACGAAGUAAUUAUGGAUCCCCAGCUACAUAAUUUUAACAAAUUCCUUAUAUGGAUAUAGCGAAUUACGGAUAUAGCGAAGUAAUUUCAUAGUUCCCCGUGACUUCGUUAUAACCGAGUUUUACUGUAGUUCACCUGAGUUACUCAGGUGACCUAAAAAUUGUUUACAAUUACAUAGUUCAAGAAGCUAUUUUAGUUUUAAGGUAAUUCUGUGCAGUACAAAAAGGUACACAAACAACAUUUUUUUCAGACCAAAUCCCAGAAGAAUAACUUCAGAAGAAAGGCAAGAGUGUUUCAACUCCUGGAUGGAACACUGUACUACCUUCACAAGAAACAUUCUUUAGUGAGAGUUGUGAGACUGGAAGAAAAGGCUGCCAUCCUUAAAGCAUGUCAUACCACUGCUACUGCUGGACAUCAGGGAGUAAACAGAACUGCCACAAAAAUAAGGGAGAGAUACUGGUGGGCAGGCAUGCAGCAGGACAUUAUUGAAUAUGUGGACACCUGUGACAAGUGCCAAAGGCAGAACCAGCUGAGAAAAACCCCAUCAGUUCUGCAUCCCAUACCAGUCCAUGAUGGUCCCUUUGCGAUGGUUGGACUAGACUUGGUUGGACCCCUUCAGGAGACUACCAGUGGAAACAAGUAUAUUGCUGUCCUCACUGAUUACCUGACGAAAUGGCCAGAAGUCAAAGCUAUUCCCUCCAAGCAUGCAGACGUGGUGUGUGAAUUCAUCAUUGAAGUAAUUUGCAGGCAUGGAGCACCAAAGACCAUCCUUACAGACAGGGGCAGGGAGUUCUGCAAUUCCCUUAAUGACAAGUUGUGCCAAUCCAUGGGGAUCCAGCACAGAGUUUCAGCCCCCUACCAUCCACAAACCAAUGGACUAACUGAGAGGUUCAACCAAACUCUUUGCAGUGCACUAACAAAAUAUGUCAGCGAAAAGCAGGAUGACUGGGACCAGUACCUACAGCAGGUUGCAUUUGCUGCACGCACUUGUCAGCAGAAGUCUACAAAAGAAUCCCCCUUCUACCUAAUAUAUGGGAGAAAAGCAGUCCUACCAAUUCAAUUAGACAUUCCAACAACAGUACCCAGUAUGCAGAGACAGCAAACAGAUGAAGAGUUUGAUGAAAUCUACAGUGACAGAAUAACUUCAUUUGUUGAACUUUUAAAGGCCCAUGAUGCAGCUAAAGACAACAUCAGCGAUGAACAGAAGAAACAGAAGACAUACUACGAUAGAAAACAUGGAACAGCUGAUCUUCUUCAACCUGGCCAGAGAGUACUUCUAAGGAACUCUAAAAGGAUCAAUCGGAAGGGAGACAAAAUGCUAAACAGGUGGACUGGUCCUUAUACCAUUUCUACAUGCAUUGGAAAAGGGGUGUACAAGCUGGUAGGAAGAAAGGAAAUAGCCAACAUCAAGAGCAUGAAGUUAUACAGAGAGAAUUCUACUGUUACAGCAGAAAAACAGACAUCUCAGCCUGGAAGAAAAUCCAAGCAGAUUGCCACAUCCAAGUCAAGAGUUAGUGGUCUCCAAAGAUGCCGAAGGAGAAGAAGGGUACAGAAGCCAGUAUUUAAGCCUACGUGUCCAACAGAUGUGAUAAGGAGAAGAAGCAGCCGAAGCAGUACUGUAUCCCAACCAAAGACCAAGUUGACUGCACCUACUGCUGAGGACCAAGGAGUUUGUACUUCAAUUUCAACGAAUAACAAAAGGAAGAUAAAAGGAAGGUCCACUAAAUCAAAGCUGAAAACUCAUCAAAAGGGGCGUUCUUGCCAUGUACAUCCUAACAGAAGACUAAGGAUAUCUGAGGUUUCCAGCUCACCCAAAUUUACCAAGUCAUCUAGAACAACCCAGCAGAAAAGGAGAGGACCUCCCACAGAUGAAAACCCAUCCAAACGUGUGAAGGGAAUGGAGAAAACAAAGCUACAAGCAUCACAGAAUGUGUACCUGAGGACCUACUCAUCAGAAGAUAUCAUAUCAAUCGUCAGACAUUGUGCGAAGUACAGCCUUGCUGAUAAUGCAUCUAGAUCACCACCUGUUUCUCUGUAUCUUGCGUGCCAAAGAGAGGGAAAGGAUGACUUAAAUCAGUGUGUGAACGAUCUCAUGGAAGUGGUUUCUGGAGCACACAGUCAGGACCCAACUCUUCAAGAAUCCCCUGAGACUGCCCCUGGACUUAUGCUUGCUGCUGCUAUUUUUAUCCAGUCCUACAAAAUCCUCAUACCAGCUCAGAAAUUCCUUCCAACCCUUGAUAGUGUUCCACUGUGUAAUUCCACCUCAUCUUGCAAGAAACCAAAGGGACAGAUCAGUCGUCUUCGAGUUGGUGGAAUUGUUCUCAAUGAAGCUGAUAUUAGUACUCUGGACUCCACAAAUUGGCUGAAUGACAAGAUCAUACAUUCAUAUCUUGGAUUGUUGAGCUGGCAGUGUAAUUCAAAAGAACCCCAGUCAGCAUAUGUGCUACCCUGCUUUGUGGCUACAAAAUGGGAAAAUGGAGACUACUCAUCCUGGUUGUUUCAGAAGGUUCCACUUCACUCGUAUGACAUCAUUUUGCUGCCUGUAUGCCAUCAUGACCACUGGUUUCUAAUGGUUGGCUACCCAAAAUUGGAAACUCUGCUCAUUUUGGAUUCUCUGCCCAACAGACAAAGAGAAAAACAAUUUGCCAGACACUGGAGAUGCUUUAUGGAAACCCGAUUUCAAGCAGAGCCAUCAACUCCCUUAUCCUGGACCCUUAGCCCCAUUAAGUCCUCAGUUCAGAAAGAUGGACAUUCCUGUGGAGUUUUUGUGCUUAUGAAUUCAGCAGCCAUUUUAUCACACAUCUCCCCCCAAGUCAUGCGGCUGUGUCACAUCAAGGCCUACAGAGCUUAUGUGCUUGGGGAGCUGCUCACUAAUGGGAAAGCAGACAAAAGGAGCCUUGCGUGCGACCUUCCCUUCUGCGCAGCUAGCUACAGGAAACAGAUUCAGUGUAGUUCCUGCUUGAGAUGGUGCCACCAUGCCUGCCUUGGCAUCAAGGAGAAAGACAGUGUGGAAACCUGUAUCUAUUGUGCUUAGAACAUUCCAACUUGAGCUGUAGAAGAAUGACUUUAAAGAAAAGAUUGUGUAUCUAUUGUGCUUAGAACAUUCCAACUUGAGCUGUAGCAGAAUGACUUUAAAGAAAAGAUAGUGUAUCUAUUGUACAAAGAACAUUCCAACUUGAGCUGUAGAAGAAUGACUAUCAAGAAAAGAUUAGAGUCUUGAAUUUAUUGUGCUUAGAACACUGACUAACUUGUGCCUAAGCAGAAUGACGUAAGAGAAAAGAUUAUUUUUUAAUGUUUGUAUUUCUAUUUAAGUGUUUCUAUUUAUUUCUAAAAUGUUACCAGUUUUUGUUAUGACUUAUCUA